AAUAAAAGAAGAAGAAGAAGAAGAAGAAGAAGAAGAAGAAGAAGAAAUGUCACAUGUGCCAACCAACCUCUAAAGCACUGCUGAAUUUGCAUCCAUCUAGUUGCUUUUAGGUAAAUAAUGUUUUAAGAAAAGCGUGAGGAAAUUUAUAAACGAGCAAUAAGUCAUGAAUCGGUGUUGUUUUUUUUUAAUGACCGUGGCUUAUUUAUAAUGAAUACGGUCCAUUUGAAGCUCAGGACCUUUACACUUGUGUGUAUUAAAGGCAAAGCUCUGUCUGCGGCUGUCACUCGCUGUGAGUUUACUCUCCACCGGACUUUCUUCCAGUUAUUCCGCACAAUGGCUACGAAUCAUAGUAACACCCCGGAGACGAGGCAGCUGCUGGGACCGAAGAAAGCCAAGCAUUUGGGCAAACUGGGCGCUCACGGACCGUCCACCGUGUACCUGCAGGUGGUCGGGGCUGGGAGCAGAGACAACGCUGCCUCCCUGUAUGUGUUCUCCGAUUACAACAGAUACCUGUUCAACUGUGGAGAAGGAACACAGAGACUGAUGCAGGAACACAAACUGAAAGCUGCUCGACUGGACAACAUCUUCCUCACCAGGAUGAGCUGGGAGAAUGUGGGGGGGUUAUCAGGGCUGAUAUUAACUCUAAAGGACACAGGUGUGCCAGAGUGUGUUCUCUCUGGACCUCCACAGCUGGAGAACUAUGUGAAAGCCAUCAAGUCGUUUUCUGGACCACUGGAGGACAUCAAGCUGUCUGUGCGACCGUACACCGAAGAGAUGUACACGGAUGAAACGAUGACAGUUUAUCAAGUGCCAAUAUUUGCGCAGUUGAAGGGUGACGACAGAUCGUUCUCCCCCAAAUCAGGGAGGAGCAGCCCGUCCCACAGCCCUCCCUCCCCUAGGAGAGACGACUCCUACAGCAACAGCCGUGGAGACAGUCCAGGUGAAAGACGAAAAGCUACUAGAGACACGUCUUUGGUUGUUUCCUACGUCUGCAAGCUUCAUCCAAAGAAAGGAAACUUCUUAGUCGCUCAAGCCAGGGAGCUGGGUUUGCCUGUUGGCACAAGAGUGAUUGGUCCUCUCAUAGCAUCUUUGAAGUGCGGGAAAAGCGUCAUGUACGAAGGCAAAGAGAUCCGGCCGGAGCAGGUCUGCACUCCUGCUGACCCGGGACCGACCUUUAUUAUCGUAGAGUGUCCGUCUGAGGACUUCAUCGAGGCGGUUUGCUCCAAUCAGCAGCUGAGAAGAUACCAGACAGGAGGGACAGAGGACUCUGCAGUGAUGGUCGUCCACAUGACUCCAGAAUGUGUUUUGAAAACAGAUCAAUACAGGAAGUGGAUGGAGAGAUUCCCCUCCACCACUGAACAUCUGAUCCUUAAUGAACACAAUCGCACGGUCCACAACGUUAGAAGUCACAAAAUCCAAGCCCAGCUGAACAUGAUCCACCCGGAGAUCUUUCCAGAGCUCAAGACUUUCAAAACAAAGGAGGCCGAGGCAGCGCUGCACGUCUCCAGCGUCAGAGCCCAGUGUCUGCUCAAGUUCCAGCUCAGACCCGUAGUGGAGUGGCAAAGAGACGCCAUCCCCUCGUGCAACACGGAGGAGUUUGUGAAAGAGGCGUCGGAGGUCCCAAACUUUCUGGAGGAAGUGGACAAGUGCAGGGAGAUUUGCUCCACUGCCGCUGCUCAGCGUUCUGGGCAAAGAGAGAAAUCCUUCGAGGUGGUUUUCUUGGGAACAGGAUCCGCUAUUCCGCAGAAGAUCAGAAACGUCAGUGGCACUUUAGUGAAUAUCAGCCCGAGUCAGUCCCUGAUGCUGGACUGUGGGGAGGGGACCUUCGGGCAGCUCUGCAGACACUACGGAGACGCCGUGGACCAAGCUCUGUCCAAGAUCUCCACCGUCUUCAUCUCACACCUGCACGCCGACCACCACACGGGGCUGCUAAUGUUGCUGUAUCAGAGGGAAAGAGCACUGAAAGCGCUGGGGAAGCCGUUCACCCCCGUGUUCCUGGUGGCCCCGCUGCAGAUCAUGUACUGGCUCAACCAGUACCACGACUACUGCCAGGAGAUCCUGCACCACAUCAACCUCAUCCCGAACACAUAUCUCUGUGCCGGUGCUGAGAUGCCCAAGCAGGAGGUAAAGUCGUUCAUCCAAGCGCUGCUGAGGAAGAACGAUCUGGAUAAGUUCCAGACGUGCACAGUGCAUCACUGUAAGAACUCCUUCGCCUGCAGCUUCACACACACGUCAGGCUGGAAGCUGGCCUUCUCUGGCGACACCAUGCCCUGCAACGCCUUCGUGCAGACCGGAAAGGAUGCAACCUUGCUGAUCCACGAGGCCACGCUGGAAGACGGGAUGGAGGAGGAGGCCGUGGAUAAAAGACAUAGCACCACCUCCCAGGCCAUCGGCAUCGGCAUGAGGAUGAACGCUGAGUUCAUCAUGCUGAACCACUUCAGCCAGCGCUACGCCAAGAUCCCUCUCUUCAGCGAGGACUUCGGCGACAGGGUGGGGAUCUCCUUCGACCACAUGAGGAUGCGCUUUGAGGACUUUAAAAUCCUUCCCAGGCUCAUCCCAGCUCUGAAAACCCUCUUCGCCGAUGUCAUCGGUGAGAUGGAGGAGAAGAGAGAGAGGAGGGAGCUGAGAAACCUGAGAGGAAGCAGCUCCGAGGCUUCCGGCGAGCAGAAGAUGGCCGACGAGGGCCGAGGUGCCAAAAGAGACCAGGAGGAGGCAGCGCCGCGCAGCGUGGAGACCAAGAGGCUGAAGACCGUCUGAGGCUGAGGGAUCAACUAACACUUUCCCUGAGAGAACUCUUGAGUUUUUUUAUUUAAAUCAAUUUGAGUUUUUGUGUGCUUGUGUGGUUUAAUUCGAGAAAAUCAUGUAUAUUUCCUGCAAUGCAGUGUAUAAAGCUAAGCUACAAAUAUAGUUUUUGUUUUUCAUUUAAUUAAAUAAAGUGAUACCACACAAUC